GUGGAACUCACUUUAAAUGAAGCAUUGGAAGCAGUGUACAGAUGCUUGAGAAGGCUUGAUUUUGUUUUAUGAAUCUGAAAAACAAAGAUCCACCCAUGUACCAGCAUAUUUUUGUGAAAGAACAACGGGUAAAAAUAGGUAGGCAGAAGGGUGACAUAUGUGAGAAGAGUGCUGUCUGAAAAGGCGAAGCUGGAGGCAGAACUGAUGAGGCAACCUGAACCUGUUAGAGGAUAUUUGGGACUACAGCCACAUUUACUGCAACAAUGGUGCCUGGAUCACCCAACAAUAAUACACAACCUCAAGGAGUUCUUCUUUUUAGCUGAAUAAAGACCCCAGUCAGGAUGGACUCAGUGAUUCUCACCAGGCACAACUGCUCUUGCUGGUUCAAGGCCAGCAUCAUGCCCUGAUCACACAGAAGAUAGAGCCUUGACUACAUUUGCACCAGACUGUGUUGUUAUCCAGCAGCACCUUGGCGUAAUCCAGAGCAAGAGGGAUAGAAGGCUCCGUGGCAGCUGGAGAUGGAUGACUUGGAUGCUUUACUAGCAGAACUAGAACAAAGCUCUAGCAACCCGAAAGAGGACAACCUUCUUCUGGCACAGUGUUCCAGUGGGCAGACAGCAGCAACAGCAGCGCCUGAGAUUGGUGGUAACCUGAACCAGACACUCAGCACUUCUGGGACCCACAAGGUACAGCUGGCCUUAAGUACUCAGCACCAACAAGCAGGUCCAGAGAAUGUCUACAGUGAAGUUCCAACUUCACAGCCAUUGAUUUCUUCACCUCCUCCCACAGCAGCUGCUCAACAGCUUGAUGACCUCUUAGCCCACUUGGGCCAGAUGCAGACCAAGUUCUUGGCAGGGACAGAACAUGUUGGGGGGCCACCAUCAGUGGAACCAAGCCACAGCAGCACAUUGGACAGCAUGUUGGGGGACCUAACACAAGAGCUCCAGGACCUGGGAAUCAAUGCUGUAUCUAAAGGCGAGUGCGCUUCCUGCCACAAGGUCAUUGCUGGAAAGAUAAUCACUGCUCUGGGAAAGUCCUGGCACCCUGAGCAUUUCACCUGCACACACUGUGGAAAGGAGAUUGGCUCCCAACCCUUCUAUGAGCGGGGUGGCCUUGCAUAUUGUGAAAAAGACUACCACCAGCUCUUCUCCCCACGAUGUGCCUAUUGUGCAGCCCCCAUCCUGGAGAAAGUCCUGACAGCCAUGGACCUGACCUGGCACCCGGAGCACUUCUUCUGUACACACUGUGGGAAGGUGUUCGGUGAAGACGGUUUCCACGAGAAGAACGGGAAGCCAUACUGCCGGAAGGAUUUUCUGGCCAUGUUCUCCCCUAAGUGCAAAGGCUGUGACCGACCUGUGAUGGAUAACUACCUAUCAGCCCUCCAUGGUGUCUGGCACCCUGAGUGCUUUGUGUGUGGGGACUGUUUGAGUAAUUUUACCUCGGGCUCCUUCUUUGAGUUAGAUGGCCGCCCAUACUGUGAGCUUCACUUCCACCAGCGGCAAGGGACGGUGUGCCAUGGCUGUGGACGGCCUAUUACUGGGCGUUGCAUCAGUGCCAUGGGGCACAAGUUCCACCCUGAGCACUUCAUCUGUGCCUACUGCCUGAUGCAGCUGAAGAAGGGCACCUUCCGGGAGCAUGGAGAGAAAACCUACUGUCAAGCCUGCUACAGCAAGCUCUUCUUGUGACUCCAGCGCAGGCACCUUGAAGGCUGCAGGGCUCACAUGCAUGAAAUGCUUUCCCACUCCUCUCUAGCAACCUCAGACAGGAGCUCGAAGACAGGGAGCGGGACUACUGUAAGAACAUCAGUCUGGAGACCAGAAUCAAAACUGAGAAACCAUCUCCAAUGGGCUCAAUCCUCAAGUUGUUUAAAUCAGCAGAGGUCCAUUGAAUUCCUUGCCAGUUUACACCAGCUGAAGACCUGGCCCUGUGCUGUUGAGGGGAGGGUGGUCCCAUUAUUCCCCUCCCAGGGAACUUCCAUAGUUCACUGCAAUCUCUUUCCUUCCUACCUCCUUGCCUGCUUGCUUCCCACCUCUUCACUCUCUGCUCUGCUGCUUUUAUCUCCACUCCUUGACUUCAUCUGCUCCAUUUUCCCCAUGUUCAUCUGGCCUUCCUGUUGUCAGGCACAUACAAACGUAAUUUGGAUGAGUCUAUUGGAUGAGUAUACUGUAACUGGAUGAGUAUAUUGUACUGAAAUAAACUUCCUAGGAUUGUC